AUGCUGGGAGAUAAACCAAUAAACAGACUAAAAUCCAGAAAACCACCUGGCUUAACAGCAAAGAACUUAAUUAGCACUCAAUUUUGUAGUAGUAAAUCAUGGAAUGAAGAGUGGGCAAAAGAACAUGUUACAAAUAAAAAUCUUAUUACUAGACCUGGCCAAAAUAUGGAAGGCAUGUUACUACCAAGAAAUCAAUGGACAACAAUUAAUCGGCUUAGGACAGGACAGGGAAGAUGUGGAUCUUUAUUAUUCAAAUGGCGUUACAAAGAAAGCGCAGCGUGUGAUUGUGGGGAAGUGGAACAAACCAUGAAACACAUUGUGCAAUUGUAUCCCAGGAGGCUUUUUGAACAAAGGAUUGAAGGAAUCCACCAAGUUACCAAAGAGGCAAUAGAAUGA